AGGUAGGUAUGGCCAGCCUCAUUAACAUCCAUGUCCACAUACACUGUGGGGCUGCGGCCCCCUGAGUUCAUCGACGCAAAAGUUAAGGAAUUGGGCGGCAAGUCCGGAUUCUGGCGUUGCAGAAACUGGAAAAUUUGCAGAUCCGACUGGCCCCGAACCAUCAAGGCAUCACUUAAGUAAGAUAUGAUCCCUAGUUUAUGCUGGAUUGCCCGGGGUUUAGCUGCAGAGGAGCCUGCUGUGUUGAAGUUAGAUUCAGAAGAACUCAAUCAUCUCAUCGAAAAAACCAAGCAAAAUCUGGAAAUAGUGGACGGCCCUGAUGGAGUUGAUAGUGAUGAAGAAGUUGAAUCAUCUGUAGACAAUGCUGCUGAGCAAAUGUGCAACAAGAUAAAUGAGGAUGACGAAUUUAACAUGGCAGGUUAUGACGAGGAAGAAGAAAUGGAUGGUCAAAGAAUAUUUGGUGCAGGAUUGAGUGGAGUGACAUAUUAUGCAAAUCCUGAGGAUGAUCCUUACAUAACAUUCCCUCAAGCAGCAAAAGACGAAGAAGAAGGUUAUGGCAUAAAACCAACAGACAAUCUAAUUUGCUGUGCGAAGCUAGAUGGUGAAAUGAGCAACAUUGAGGUUCAUCUCUGGAAUGAAAAAGAACAAGAUUUCUAUGUGCAUCAUGAUAUAUUGUUAGAUAAAUUUCCAUUAUGUGUAGAAUGGUUAAGUUUUGAUGCUGGGGAUCAAGAAGAAAUUGAAGGGGACAGAGCUCCAGGAAAUUACAUUGCUCUUGGCUGUAUGAGCCCUCUCAUUGAAAUUUGGGAUAUUGACAUAGUUGAUACGUCAGAACCAGUGGCUGUUCUUGGACAAAGGUUAAAACAUUCUAAAAAGAAGCCCAAAGUUGGUAAGAAAGGUCACAGUGAUGCCGUGAUGAGUCUCAGCUGGAAUAAACUUACUCAGAAUAUUAUUGCAUCUGGGAGUGCUGAUUGUAGUAUUCUUUUGUGGGAUUUAGAAACAGGUUCUGCUAAAGAAUGCCUAACUCAUCACAAAGAUAAGGUCCAGACACUAUGCUGGCACUUAGCAGAGGGCACAACUCUCCUAUCUGGAGGCUAUGAUAACACAUGUCAGGUAACAGACUGCAGAACAAAAAACAGCAAGUCCUGGACAGUUGAUGGGGAAGUAGAGCAUUUAAUGUGGGACGUCUCAAAUCCCUUUUCUUUCUUAGCAGGCACAUCAAAUGGUAGUGCUUUGUGCAUUGACAUCAGACAAGAAAAGCCUCUGUAUACCAUUGCAGCCCAUGAUAAUGAAGUGUCUGGAUUAGCCAUGACUAAACAAAUUCCUGGCCUUCUGGCGACCUGUAGUGCUGAUAGGACUGUCAAGGUAUGGCAAAUUUCUGAUAACAGACCCAGUUGUGUGACGUCACGUGCAUUUCCAGAAGCAGGUUCCUUGCAUUGUCUUUCGUUCUGUCCUGAUUACGCUACAAUGCUGGCAAUAGGGGCUCUGGAGGGAGGACUACUAAUGUGGGACAUUGCUUCCAACAAAGAAUUCAGGGAGGCAUUCAAUCACCCUGCAGUAGAUGGUUCUUAGUUGAAUGAGGUUCCACAACCUUUGAAUUGUGGGUUUUCGGAUCUUUUAAUUUAUUCGUUUAAUGACCUUUCUGUUGUUGCAAAAUUUAUAACUUUCGGUUUAGUUCAA